UGAGAUUAUACAGAAAUUUAGUUGAAUAUCAUAUUUGAGAUGUGAUCGAAAUGGAUUAGUUUAAUGUAGUAUAUUUUCUUUAAUUAAUUAUAAAUUAUUUUUAAUAAUAUUAGUGAAAUCCAUACGUUUUGCAAAAUUUUGAAAAUUGAUUUUUAAGAGAUUACUCUUAAAUUAAGAAUGGUUUGUUUGGUGGUCAAUUUGUUUGACAAUCGUACGAAGAACCAAAACAAUCAAGUGCAUCUUAUAAUCAAUUUUAUUAGUGGACCUGUUGAGUAAAGAUGGAAGUCAAGACAGAAGACGAUGACGUAGUGUUCCUGGAAAUUGUGAAGGAAGAGUAUGAAAUACAAGGAGGAAGUUCCACUUUGAAAGUUGAAGAGACUGAAGAAAUCCAGAAAAAUGAAGAUCACGCGGAAGUUGCAGAAGCGAUUGAACAACCAAGAGAAGUUGCAAUAAAGGAAAAAGGAGAUCCUGUGCCUUUGUCCAAGAUAGCUUUUAUUUGCCCAAAAUGUCGAAAGACAUUUAAGAAUAAAGGUGUACUAAAAAGGCACCUGAAGUGGCAUUCUAGAACACCAAAACAGUAUCCAUGCAGAAAUUGUGAACAAAUCUUCCCAUGCUACAAAACAUUGUCUGCCCACAGACAAACUCAUCGAUUAUUUGAAUGUGCAAAAUGUGGAAAAUGCUAUGAUAUAAAGAAUUCACUGAAGAAUCAUUUGCUCAGUAAUCAUUAUGGACUCUCUUGGAGUCAGUCACGUUACACAGGAGGUAAAUUUAAGUGCGAAGAAUGUGAAAAAAGUUUUGCUCGGAAAUUCUACUACAAUCGUCAUAUAGAAAUUCACAAGGAAGGACAACUAGGACACCUGAAAAAAUGUCCAAAUUGCAAUAAGAGAUUCAGGACUAAGCCAAAGUUGGAAAAACAUCAGUCUCUGUGCAAUCAAGCGAAAAUCUGUAAGGUCUGCAAUAAGUCAUUCAAAUCUUUUGGGCAUUUUAUAAUUCAUCUCAGGAAGCAUUCAGACUAUAAAGAUCUUCCUCCUAGAUUGCAAUGCAUUUACUGCAAGGAAUCUGUGGUAUUGCUAAAUUUAAGCCAACAUAUGCGAAACUAUCACAUAGGUCUUCCAGAAGAAAUUAUUGUUGAUGGUCCAUAUGAAUGUACAGUCUGUAAGAAAUCAUUUGAUGAUUUUGAUGACUUAAAGAAUCAUGCUGAGAAAUAUCUUUUGGACAGGAUCUUUCAUUGUGCCUUCUGUACGAAGAGAUUUAAAAGUAAAUCAACAAUUCAAAGUCACAUGCAAAACACUCAUACGAGAAUGCCUGUAAAAAGAGAAGUUUUGCGAUACGACCAGAGGUCUCUGGAGAAUGCUUUGGAAGCUAUAAGAAAUGGUACUCACUCAAUUAGAGGUGCAUCUAGAACAUUUCAAGUGCCUAAGACAACUCUGACAGAUAAACUGUCUGGAAAAACCCCAGAAAGAAUGUGGAUCGGAGGACGCACAUUACUUACGAAAGACGAGGAGGACGUUAUUGUGAAAUGGAUACUUGAAAGUGCUAACAAUGGGCAAACGGUAACAAAAGACCACUUAUUAGAAUCUGUAGAAAUGUUGUGCAAAGCAACAAAGAAAUCAACUGGUCACAACAGCUACAGACCAGGACGCAAAUGGUACACAUCAUUCUUACAUAGGCACCCAAGAAUAUCAGAGAGAAUUUCUCAAAAUUUAUCACACACGAAAGACACGGUAACCAAAGAAGAUAUUAUCCAGUGGCAUACGAAGGUGGAAGAGUAUCUUUCUAAGAAGAGUCUAAUGAAUAUAGAUCUAUCAAGGAUUUUCAAUUGUGAUGAGACGGCUCUCUCUCUAUGCCCUAAAGAAGAAAAAUUAGCAAGUAAAGGAACCAAAGUUAAUGCAGACAAGAAGGAAAAUAUUACCUUCCUGUUUAUGACGUCAGCCGAUGGUAAAUUGUAUCCCCCCAUGAUUGUUCAUAAAUAUGUCCGGGUGCCAGCCAUCGUAAGGAACACUACGCCACCUGAGUGGGGAAUUGGCCUCUCACAAUCAGGAUCGAUGACAGCGGAAGUUUUCUUUGAUUACAUCAAAAAUGUUUUCUAUCCGGAAAUCCUUCGAAGACAAGUCCAACUUCCGAUUAUAUUAUUCGUAGACGGUCAUAGGUCGCAUAUGUCAAUGUAUCUUUCUGAAUUUUGUCAACAAGUGCAAAUUGAAAUCAUAUUCCUCUUCCCAAAUUCGACCCAUUUAUUGCAGCCCCUCGAUCUUGCUUUUUUCAAUCCUCUGAAAGAAGCUUACAAGACAGCAAUUUUGCAAUGGCGAAGAAAUAAUCCGUAUCAGAUAUUAAAAAGAGAUCGUAUUGCUCCUGUGGUCAAAUCUGCCCUUGAUUCUAUGCACAAUAUUAAAGAUAUUAUUCAGAAGGGUUUUACAGAGUCGGGCAUUUAUCCGUGGAAGCCAAAUGCAGUUAAUAGGGAUAAAAUCUUUGCGGAAACAUUCUCAGAAAAUGGUUUGAUGAAAAUGGAGACAGACGAAGUUAUCAUAAAGAAUGAGAUUAAUAUCCUUGAGAUAGAGAACACGGAAAAUGCAACAUCAGAAACGGUAGCGGUAAAAGACACUGUUCAGUGUAUUGAGGAAUAUUUACCACCAAGUAUUCGACAACAGUUCGUCUUAGAUGAGAAUGAUGGAGUAUUUAGAGGCGCAAUACAUUAUCAGGAAUUAUUCCAUUUUUGGAGAGAUAUGAAGAAAUCGAAACCAUAUAAGCAGCCUUCAGCCUCUUCUGCAUCAGCUCAGACUACUAACAUGUAUUUUCAAGACCCAGGACGAUCAGAUUAUCCUCCAGUGUCCUCGUCUUCAAGAGAUCAGCCUCCACAGGCGAAAGUGUUCGCGGAUCUUCUCAAUUGGCCGAAAAGGGAAGUCGUUGAUAGAAAGACAGGUAUAAACGAAGGAAAUGGACCACUAUCUCUAACAAAUGAAGAAUGGAUUGAAAGUGAGACAAACAAACCAAAAGGCAAGAAAGAAAAAGAAUAAUAAAAGGAGGCAAACAGGAUUCCGAGGCUUCUUAAAACAAAAAUUGAAGAAAAACAACAGGAAAUGCAUCAGAAACGUUUGAAAAAUAAAUGAUGGUUUAAUAAAAAAUAAAAA